GACAAAUGAAGGAUUUGUGACCCUGACAGCCUCUCUCCUCUCUUUCAGGUGUAACGUCCAGGACUACAUCUGGCACAAAGGUGCUCGCUGCGAGUCGGUGGUGACGGAGUUCCAGGUGAUGUGUCUCGCCGUCGGCACCUCUGCUCUCGUCCUCCUGCUGCUCUUCAUGAUCGUCGUCUGCUUCGCCAAGAAGCUCCACGUGCUGAAGACGGAGAACAAGAAGCUGCGCAAACGCAGCAGUAAGUACCGGCCGUCAUCGGAGCAGCACAAUGAUAAUUUCUCGCUGUCCACCAUCGCUGAGGGCUCCCACCCAAAUGUAAGGAAACUGUGCGACACCCCUCCUAACGUCCCUCAUGCCCGUGCAUUGGCUUACUAUGAUAACAUUAUCUGUCAGAAAACCAUGAGCAGAUACACCUGGGAGUGUAAGACCAAAGAGGAGUCCGACUGCGAGGAUGAUCCUCAUUCCCAGAACAAGCUGGAGGACCCGGUGAAGGCCCCGCCCAAAGAGGACGACUCCCUCAACAUCCACAACUCUCUGACCCCCAAACACGAGAACCACAAGGUCCUGGGCGAGGACAACUCCUCGGAGGUAAACUCACUGCAGAACAACAUGAUGUGAAAACAAAUCAAACACAAAAUCCAACCCUGCAACCCGACAACACGACACUGAAAACGACACGGUGCGCCGGCAACGGGAUUCCCUAAAUCCCUGCUCUCCGUCCGCCCGCUGCCGAGCGCGCCCGACCGGUCAACCAAUCAACAAACCAGCCUGCCAACUACCAGCCAACCACCAGCCAACCAACCCAGUCUGCAACCGUCUACAACACGGCAACACUGCCACCAAGCGGCCUUGGCUGCUGCAAAAAAAACGUACAACACCACCGUCACUGCCGCCACCACCCCCUGCUGAAAGUAGACCCUCUUCCACCAACUCCCCCUGCCGCCGCCGCCUCGCACCCCCCCCCUCCUCCUACACUCACUCCUGCCCCUGUUUCGCAGCCCUGCCCCCGUUGUUGCUGUCACUCUAUUCUCCCUUAUCUCUUUUACCUGUGCACACACACACACACACACACACACACACACACACACACACAGAAAUACCAGACAUCUCAGUCUCAACUAAAACAAAAAUCUGAGACGCUGAAUGUCUCUGAAAUGUGCGUCCCACUGUGAUCUCCGUCUGCUGAAGGUUACAUAGAGCAUUACCCCCCCCCCACACACAUACAUACACACACAUACACACACACGCACACACACACACACACACUAAUCCCCACGCAGUGACCAUGACACAAGAAGAAGAGCACACAUACAGUGAAAAGAUAAACACAUAAACAUGCUUAUAUGUAUACACACUCACACACACACACACACACACACACACACACACACACACACACACACACACACACACACACACACACACACACACACACACACCUUCCCCUGCCUGCAUUGGUGUAUUUUGUAAAAAGAAAGAAAUCAUACAGAAGUUUAAAACGUACGUAAACCGUCAUUGUAAAAAAAAAAGUGAAAGCUACUGAAAGGUUUUGAUGUUCGUCUGACUAAUCCAGUGAGUAUGUAUAAAUAUUGGAAGAAAAAAAAUAGCUUGGAUUGAUUUAAAAAAAGAAGCAACACAAUGUGUCUUGGUUUUCAUUGAUGUGAUUUCUAAUCCUUUGAUGUACUUGUUUUUUUGUUUUUUUUUGUACUUUUUUGGGACUUCGAACAGAGAAUAAACAAACGAGAUUCAGACAGUUGUUGAAAUAAACCUUUUUAACAUGA